CGGGUACGAUCAAAAAUGGAGAGAGAUAUUUUGGCAGAAGUGAAUCAUCCUUUCAUAGUCAAGCUUCAUUAUGCAUUUCAAACAGAGGGAAAAUUGUACCUAAUACUAGAUUUCCUGCGGGGAGGGGACCUUUUCACAAGACUCUCCAAAGAGGUGAUGUUUACAGAAGAGGAUGUCAAGUUCUACUUAGCUGAGCUGGCCUUAGCGUUGGACCACCUCCAUGGUCUUGGAAUUAUUUACAGGGAUCUAAAACCAGAAAACAUUCUUCUAGAUGAAGAGGGCCACAUUAAGAUAACAGAUUUUGGUCUGAGUAAAGAAGCCAUCGACCAUGACAAGAGAGCAUAUUCAUUCUGUGGGACAAUAGAGUACAUGGCCCCAGAGGUGGUCAACCGCCGGGGACACACGCAGAGUGCUGACUGGUGGUCUUUCGGUGUGCUCAUGUUUGAGAUGCUGACAGGAUCGUUACCCUUCCAAGGAAAAGACAGAAAGGAGACAAUGGCACUCAUUCUCAAAGCCAAGCUGGGAAUGCCGCAGUUCUUGAGCAUAGAAGCCCAGAGCCUGCUACGAGCUCUCUUCAAAAGGAACCCUUCCAACAGAUUAGGUGCUGGAUUCGAUGGCGUGGAAGAAAUUAAACGUCACCCUUUCUUUGUUACUAUAGACUGGAAUAAACUAUACAGGAAAGAAAUCAAGCCACCUUUCAAGCCCGCAGUAGGACGGCCAGAAGACACCUUUCAUUUUGAUCCAGAGUUCACAUCUCGGACCCCCACAGACUCCCCAGGUGUUCCUCCAAGUGCCAAUGCUCAUCAUCUUUUCAGAGGAUUCAGCUUUGUUGCCUCUAACUUGGUGCAGGAGCCUGCACAGCAAGAUGUGCACAAAAUCACCGUCCAUCCCAUUGUGCAGCAGUUACAUGGGAACAACAUUCACUUUACAGAUGGAUACGAGAUCAAGGAGGACAUAGGAAUUGGCUCCUAUUCAGUGUGCAAGAGAUGUGUUCAUAAAGCUACAGAAACAGAGUUUGCUGUGAAGAUAAUUGAUAAGAGCAAGAGAGAUCCCUCUGAAGAAAUUGAGAUCCUCUUGCGAUAUGGACAGCAUCCAAAUAUCAUCACUCUUAAGGAUGUCUAUGAUGAUGGGAAAUACGUGUACCUGGUGAUGGAGCUGAUGCGAGGAGGUGAGCUCCUGGACCGCAUUCUUCGGCAGAAGUGUUUCUCAGAGCGAGAGGCCAGUGCUGUGCUGUGCACCAUCACCAGGACUGUGGACUACCUGCACUCUCAGGGCGUGGUGCACCGAGAUCUCAAGCCAAGUAACAUCCUCUACAUGGAUGAGUCAGGAAACCCAGACUCCAUCAGGAUCUGUGACUUUGGGUUUGCCAAGCAGCUGAGAGCGGAGAACGGGCUGCUCAUGACUCCCUGCUACACGGCCAACUUUGUCGCGCCUGAGGUCCUUAAACGCCAAGGUUACGAUGCAGCCUGUGACAUCUGGAGCUUGGGGAUCCUACUGUAUACCAUGUUGGCAGGGUUCACUCCUUUUGCAAAUGGACCAGAUGACACCCCAGAGGAGAUUCUGGCCAGGAUUGGCAGUGGCAAAUACGCACUUACAGGAGGAAACUGGGAUUCAGUAUCCGAUACCGCAAAGGACAUUGUGUCAAAGAUGCUUCACGUAGACCCUCACCAGCGCCUCACAGCAGUCCAAGUCCUAAGACAUCCAUGGAUAGUGAACAGGGAGUAUCUGUCUCAAAACCAACUCAGCAGACAGGAUGUUCACCUUGUGAAGGGUGCAAUGGCAGCCACUUACUUUGCUUUAAACCGAGCACCUCAGGCACCAAGGCUGGAGCCUGUAUUGUCCUCUAAUCUGGCUCAGCGGCGGGGCAUGAAGAGACUUACCUCUACCAGGUUGUAGCAGUACCCCCAACAGGCCUCUCUGAAAACUCACAGUUUAUUAUUUGAGAGAUUCAUCUUUACUUGGCUAGCAGAACUUUUUUGGACAACCUACAUAUGAAGUCUCCAGAACUAGCAGAAGCCCACUGUAAGGCAAAGUUCUCCUUUGCUCCAUUGUUUCUUUUACAUUCCAGCCAAGGUCCCGAGUUUAAGAACUUCACAAAGAUGUGCCAAUUUUGCCCAUAGCUCUGUUUCCUUACUGAGAUAAAGCCAAAAAAAGUAGGCGUGCUCCAUCCUUCCCACCCUA